CCGGGUAUGAGGGACGCCAAUGGUGGGAGGGACGCCAAUGGUGGGAGCUUCAAUGGAGCUGAACACCACCAUAGGAAGCCAAGGUCCAGUGAGCUGCCCAAGGGGAAUUUGGAGAACGGUGCGAGGCCCUCUGCUAGCCAUGAGGAUGGGGUGAGUGUUUCAGGCGGUGCUAGCCCAAAUAGUGGAGGGAUACUGGACAAUUGCGGUCUCCUGCCAAAUAACUGUUUGCCAUGUAUGGCCUCUGCUGUUGGUGUGAAUGAGAAGAAGAGGGCGCUCUCCACAAGCCCGACUCAUUCGAUGAAGAUGCCUUCGUUGAAGCUCUCGUUCAAGAAGAAGUCUGGGGAAGCCAACCCGUCGUCCACACUAUUGUCUACAAAGGAUUUCCUUGAAAGGCCUCUAGCAGGUUCUCAAGUACAGUUAUGUUUGUUGGAAAAGAAAGUGCUGAAUAGCUGGUCUCAUAUUGAUCCUGGUACAUUCAGAGUCCGGGGAUCUAACUAUCUCAGGGAUAAGAAGAAAGAGCUUGCUCAAAAUUGUGCGGCGUACUAUCCAUUUGGAGUUGAUGUAUACUUAUCGCCGCAAAAACUCCAUCAUAUAUCUCGAUUUGUCAAGCUUCCUGAUAUUCAAACCUCCAGCAAACUCCCACCUCUUUUGGUGGUCAAUGUACAGGUUCCACUAUAUCCUGCUUCACUCUUUCAGAAUGAAACCGAUGGGGAAGGCAUGAGCUUUGUUUUGUAUUUUAGGCUUUCCGAAGGUUACUCAAAAGAGCUUUCACCCUUAUUCAUAGAGAAUAUCAGAAGGUUGGUUGAUGAUGAUGUAGAAAAAAUAAAAGGAUUUCCUAUGGAAACAAGUAUAUCAUUUCGGGAACGGCUGAAGAUACUUGGACGGGUGGCUAAUCUGGAGGACCUUCCUUUAAGUGCCGCAGAGAGGAAGCUAAUGCAUGCAUACAACGAGAAGCCUGUGCUUUCUAGACCUCAGCAUCAAUUUUUCCUGGGUGAUAACUACUUUGAGGUUGACAUUGACAUGCAUAGAUUUGGCUACAUCUCAAGGAAAGGUUUCGAGACAUUCCUGGACAGGCUAAAAAUAUGCAUGCUAGAUGUUGGGCUAACCAUCCAGGGAAACAAACCCGAAGAACUGCCUGAGCAGGUCUUGUGCUGUGUUAGGUUGAACGGGAUAGAUUAUGCAAAGUAUCAGCCACUGAUGACAAAUGGUGCCUGAACUUGGUGACUUGCAAGGACCAGCUAACCAUUGUUUGUUUGGGAUCUGGGAGGUGGCCUGAUCAUGCCAAGGCGCGGCGAGGCCCCUCGAGGUUUCCGGCCAGGAAACCGGAGGCGGGCUCGUCGGUCACCGCCGUAACAAGCGCGAGCGGCUGCAUGUAAAUCUGUACAUCAUUACAUGAGCUCUGACUGCCUCUGCUGUUGUUGCUGCCCGUGAUUCUGGAGCUAGUAAAUAUGGCUAGUUUGCCCGUGGAAUGGUAGGUUUCGAUGCGCUGCCUCGACAAAAAAUAGGUUCGGUCGGGCGCACCUGGAACAUGAGGAGGAUUUGUGGUGAACGCGAGCUGCUUGCAAUGGUGUGGAAUGUCAACACCGGAGGCGUUGUAUAAGUGUAACCCAUACCUCACAUGACCUCACAUGAGACGAAAAAUAAUGGAGCAUGUUCUGCAAGCC